AUGGCGGACGGCAGGGACCGUUUUACUCAUUUCCCUUCAAGUAGUUCCGCUUGGGGAUUCCAGAAGCUGCAGGGUCCUCACUUCUUUAGACAAGUUUCUUUAACACAAGUAAAAAAGAAACCAAAGGGACGCCAGAAUCUUGUUGAGGAGGUGCAAAAAUGUGUUGACAGCUAUGCCAGAGUAUUUGUUUUCUCAGUGAAAGACAUGAGAAACAAAUACCUGAAAGACCUUAGGGAAGAUUGGAAUCACAGCAGAUUUUUCUUGGGGAAAAACCGAGUAGUUGCGUUUGCUCUUGGUAAGACAGAAGAGAAAGCGUAUCGUCCUAAUCUUCAUAAGAUAGCGGAACGUCUCAAAGGACAGCGUGGUCUGCUUUUUACAAAUGAGCCAAAGGAGGCUGUCCUUCAGUAUUUCAAUGAUUUCCUACAGCCAGACUAUGCUAGGACAGGCAACGUUGCGACACGAACAGUGAUAUUAGAAAGUGGGCCUUUAGAAUUUCCACACUCAAUGGAAUCACAGUUAAGACAACUGGGCCUACCUACACGACUUGAGAAAGGUGUCGUGACUCUCGCUUCUGAAUAUACAGUCUGCAAAAAGGGAGUUGCACUGACAGCAGAACAAGCAAGAAUAUUGAAACUAUUUGGAGAACAACUAGCAAACUUCAUGCUUCCCAUAGAUUGUAUGUGGUCCAACAAUGGCAAAUUUGAAAGCUUUGCAAAGGUGUUGGAUAAUGAAAUGGAAGCCGGCUCUGAGGGUGAAGACUCCGACACCUAAUAGCGAGGGUGAUGUUAGUUUGACCAAACUGACUUCUGUUAGGCUGAGAAUGUGAAAGGGGAAAAUUGGAUGUGACUACUGUCAAGCAUCACCCAAAAUGUGGAGGCUUUGUGUUGGUUUCCCACAGUUUCGGCGAGCACUGAUGGCAUACUCAACACGGCUAUUAACAACUGCAGUUUGUUCAGCGUCAUGUAACAUCAGGAAAAUUGCAAACAAGUGUAAUCAUCAUGACUCUGUGAAAGGCUGAAUGUAUGUACAUGAUAUAGGUAAAUUUGGUGGCACUAGAGCAAGAAGUGUGUUGUGCCGUGCAGAGUAUUGGUAAUCUCACCAUUAAACCUAUAAAUACUAUUCCAUUUGCAAAUUAAUUGUCGCUAUAAUCAAAUAUACCAUGGUUUUACGGUGUGAUCAAUUUCAUUUUUCUCUGCCAUAACAAUAAAUUCGAAGUGUUUUUCAAGUUGGUGUAAUCAGUAACAUAUCUAGCUGCUAUAUUUCAUCAUGUUUUGCCUGAUUUUCUGUUUUUAAGCAAUGAUUUCGAAAUAAAUUCUUUAAGAAAUAGCUGUCUAUAUUAAAGGGUUUAUUGCGAAAUCAUUGCUCCAAAAUGCACAAUCCAAAAACAUAUAGCUAAAUAUAGUCUCACCUCAUAGCGAAUAUAUUACUGAUUACACCAACUUGAAUAACUAAGAAUUUAUGCUGUUAUAGCAUAGAAAAAUGGAAUUGCAAACGCUGUAACACCAUGCCAUGGCAUAUUUGAUUAUAGUGACAAUGAAUUUGCAAAUGGUGCUUUAGUUUACCGACAAGGUACCAGUGCUUCCAUGGUGCACACCGAGGACCUGUUUAGCAACGAGCAUGCUGGCUGGCACGUCUAUAUGUUUGGAAAGAGGGUUUCUAUUUGGCAGUGUUGUUAUUUACACUUACAUGUAAUGCCACCUAAAGUAACAGUUAUUCUAUUUCUGGGCAAUUUGCGUAUAUGAUGGCCUUAUUCUAAUUUCGUCAUCUGGCUAAAUACACACAAUUGUACGGUGACUAACGUGGUAGCAAGUGAGAGGUUGAAAUUCACGUCUGGUUGCGAGUAUAUGCCGUGAGCAUCGUGUAUUUUCAUGCGAUAAUUUGAUACAGCCGUUUAUGAACGUGACUAUAUCUGUCUGAAGUAAUCCUAGCAAUGCUACCUGAGCACAGUGAGUGUUGCCAUGACAACUAAUGCAUUGCAGCACAUACACACAGGUGCGUUUGCGUGUGCGUAACAUGUACAUGUUACAGAUAUGCCCAUGUGUAAAGGUUCAUUAUAUAUUAGUGUUUUUAAAACUGUUGUAAAUAAAAUGACAGCAUCGAUUGACAACAAACAA